CCCUCGAGACACACACACACACACACACGGACACGGACACACACACACACACACACGGACACACACACGGACACAUCCACCACCGCACUCAGGACAAAACUUCUGCACUAAAACUUUCCUCGCAAAUGGAAGCGGCGGGAGCUGUCAAGUGAGGUGUCAGGUUGUGAGAGCUGUGGUGCUCUCUCUCUAUGAUAUCCUGUUUGUCUAACUCCUAACCGCUUGGGCCAGAGAACCGAUCUGCGCAUGCGCGAAUUACUCAAAAGGGAUGGAGGGGGAGCGGGUUGACUCUUCUCUUGACCUGAGUCACCUGACUGAACAGGAGCAGUCGGUGAUCCUCCAGGUCGUACAACGGGACUUGGAGUUGCGUCGUCGCGAUGAAGGACGUGUAAGGAUCCUCCAGCAGAGAGAGACGGACCCGGAGCGUCUGCGCACCCUGUCAGGGCAAUGGUUCAGCGAGGAGUGCAGCAAGCGCCAUCGCGACCCGACGUCGGGCAGCGACCUUGUUCACGCCACCAUACGCCACAGGAAGACAAAGAGCACAGAUGUGCCCCUGAGUGGACUGUUUAAUGGAGAGAGAACGGCGAAACAUAACGACACCUCUCCUGCUGCAGAGCGUAGACUGAAGGACAACAAGGAAGAGUAUGAAGGGAGUCAAAGAAAUUUGAAACCUGGAACAAAAAAUCUUCUAGCACAGGGUCUCCAGCAUAGAAAUGGUUCCUUAUCGUCCAAAGAGUUUGACAGUAGAAGUAUUGGCCACUCAGCGGAAACUGAGGACGACUUUGACUGUCACAACGGGGACACUGACUCUCUGAGCAGCAACCUGACAGCUUCUCUGAAAACCAGCAGUUCCACCAGCAGCCUUCAUUCAAGCUAUACUCUCAGUGGAAGCAUGAUGAGUCUGUUCAGCUCAGGCGAUUUUGGGAUGGUGGAGGUGAGGGGCCGUAUCCAGUUCUCACUGGUUUACGAGACCCACGAGGAGGAGCUGCAAGUCAGGGUCUAUUGCUGCGAGGACAUUGCUUCAGUGCGCAAGAACCGCUCUGACCCAUAUGUAAAAACCUAUCUUUUGCCGGACAAGUCGAGUCACAGUAAGAAGAAAACUUCGGUGAAGAAGAAGACACUCAACCCAGUUUACGAUCAGACACUCCGAUAUAAAGUGAGAAUUGGGGAGCUGCGAAGUCGAACCUUGAACCUGUCGGUGUGGCAUGCCGAGGCCCUUGGGAGGAACGUGUUCCUGGGUGAGGUGGAGGUGGCCCUGGGCCUCUGGGACUGGACCUGCACCCGGCCACUGUGGCAGGACCUGCAGCCACGGUUUCAUUUGAAUCCAGACUCCAUUAGCAGUCGUGGGACCAUCACGCUCUCUAUUAAGUUCACCCCAGAUGGAUCCGAGGGUAGAGGUCUGCCACUGACAGGAGAGCUUUACAUCUGGCUUCGGGAGGCUCAAGGUCUCCUGUCCAACAAAGGAGGCGCCAUAGACUCAUUUGUUAGAAGCUACAUACUCCCAGAUGCCAGUAGACAAAGUGGUCAGAAGACGCGAGUGGUGAAGCAUUCCAUCAGCCCCACCUACAACCACACCAUGGUGUAUGAUGGCUUCCACACCAGCGACCUGAGAGAGGCCUGCGCCGAGCUCGUGGUCUGGCACCGAGAGGGGCUAAAGAGACGCGUGUUGGGAGGGAUUCGUCUGAGCUGUGGAACUGGUCAGAGUUACGGCGAGGCUGUCAGCUGGAUGGACUCCACAGAACAGGAGGUAGCCGUGUGGACCUCCAUGAUCGAAAACCCAAACCACUGGGUUGACGCAACGCUAUCAAUCCGAACUAACCUCACCAACCGGUCCGAGUGACUCAGACACACUGAUCAAAUGUUCAACAGUCGGACUGAAAGAACACUCAGCACAAAAGCAUAUUUAACCUCUCUGUCACAAUGAUACAGUCAUACACUAGUUUAUUUCUGUUGUUCAUACAUGUAAACACACAAAUUGAGUGGAGUUGUGCAAUAUUGUGAAUUAAUGGCGUAGAUUAGUAAUUAGUCUGAAUUUCAAAUGACUCAUUUGUAUGUUUUUUUUCCAGUCUUACUUAUCUCACACAAGUGCAUUUGUAAUAGUGUUCUGAUCCACUCAUUGACAAGGGGAACAUGAGGAGGCCUCACUUUCCCCACCUUUAUUUACCAGACGAAAGUAGAGGAAGACAUUAGUAGUAGUAGUUUAGUAGUACACAAAUGUGAGCGACAACUUCUGUCCAGCAGAUGACGAUCUUGGUAUUCCUGUUUGAAGCGGAAAUGAAACCGGAACUAGUGUUAUCUGGCUUUUCAAAAUAAAGUCUAAUUAAGACUUAA